UUAUGUAUAAAUAAGCGGUGGCCUAGACUAUGAACUGCCAAGUCUCUUGACCAUAACUGCCUUCAUGAUUAAACAAUUGGUGGAAAGAUAACCUACGCACCCUCUAAAGCCACCAUCCCACCAUGCUAACAUGCGCGCAUCCGCCGUCGACGACCCUUUUUCACUUCUCUGCUAAGCUGCGCACAUCUGGCGCCCCUCACCGCUAAGCUGCGCACAGUCCACCUUCAAGCCUCAACUCAACAUUUUAGUAUUUUCCACAUAAACCAAUAAAUAAAGAAAUAAAUAAAAGCUAACACACCUGAAAGCCACCCACCCCACUCCCAUCCUCCUCCCCCAGCCCCUCUUUACUAACAUGCGCCAUCACCUCCUCUCCUCAACCAUCACCAUGGCCCCUGUCACCAGCUCCUCCACCACCCACUCCUCCCCCUCCAAACCUCUCAAAAAACCCACAAAUCCCACCUCCUUAAAUUCCCAAAAUUGCCCCUCAUCAGCCUCCAACUCCCACUCCCUCUGCAAACACUCCUCCCCUUCAGCCACCCUUGACCUCCUCAUCCUCAUCCUUGUCCUCUUCGCCGGAGCAUUCCUCAUCUCCUCCUGCUUCUCCUACAUCUUCCACUCCCUCUCCCUCCUACUCCCUCCAUCAUCAUCUCUCUCUCUUUCCACUCUCCUCUCUUAUCUUUACUCCCACCUCCAAGUCCACCACAUUUUCUUCACCUCCCUGAUUUUGUCCUUGGUUUUCAUGCUGAUAUUUUUCGAGAUCUGCUGUGGGCCCAGAUCAAGAAAGUGCGGGAAACUUGGGUGUAAAGGGUUGAAAAAAGCAAUGGAAUUCGAUUUGCAGUUACAGGGUGAAGAUUGCUUGAAAUUAGGGAAGGCUAAUAAGGCUGUUAAGGAGAUUGAUGAGUUGCCCUGGAAAGGUGGAAACGAGUUUAACCCGGAUUAUGAAUGCUUGAGAGCUGAGUUGAGGAAAAUGGCUCCUCCUAAUGGAAGAGCUGUCCUGCUUUUCAGAGCUAAGUGUGGUUGCCCUGUUGCUAAACUUGAAGGUUGGGGCCCUAAACGUAGUAGCCGCCGUAAAAAGAGUCUUGCUCUUUAUGGUGCUGGCGAUCAUCGCUGACUGCUCAUGAUGGCUGUGCACUUUGGUUCUCAACCACAUGCUUUUUCUUGCACCAUUUCUUUUUCCUUUUUUUGUUUUUUAACAUCUCUGUUGUUCUUGUUUAGAACCAUUCUUUAGUCCUAAUACCAGAAGACAUACCUCCUCAAACUCUACAAAUUCUUGUCUGGAAGGAUAUACCAAAUGAAAUGCGAAUAAAUGAUAAAAAUCAAAGUGGACAGCUUUUAGCUACUAAUUAAGCUAUGGUUUUAGUCUAGCA